UGAACCAGCUCUUUGAAGAGGAAGAAAGGGGAGGGCGGUCGUGUACUUCCACCCUAUUUCAACCAUAAGGAGUAUUUAGUGUGCUGAAACUAACCCAAAUACCAAACACAACACAGAGUUGCAGCUAGAGAUUCUGCUGAGGACCUGACAGAACACAGGCAUGAAUGACAUCAAGCUGGCCCUACUGGGAAGCCAGGGGGCUGGGAAAUCAGCUGUCCUUGUGCGGUUCCUGACCAGACGCUUCAUUGGUGAAUAUGCCUCAAAUACCAACUCUUUGUACCAUAAAAGGUUGUCAAUCGAUGGCAGGCAGCUGAAUUUGGAGGUGUUUGACCCCUGCUCUCAGAGCUCCGAGGCCAGGUGUAUACUUGAGGAGCCGGUGGACUGGGCAGAUGGCUUUGUGGUGGUGUACAACAUCAGUGACCGCACUUCCUUCAUCAAUGCCAAAAACAUCCUGCGACAGAUUCGGGAGGCACGCAUGGAGAACUGUAAAGGGGAGAUGGAUGUUCCUGUUUGCCUGGUGGGUAACAAGCAGGACCUCUGCCAUGCCCGGCAGGUGUGUGAGGAUGAAGGUCGCUGCCUGGCGCAGGAAAACCGCUGUCACUUCCAGGAGGUGUCAGCAGCCGAGAGCUACCAAGACAUUGCCAACCUCUUUACACAACUCAUCAGGCAGGUGAUGGAGCACCUGAAGUAUCGCGCUGACCGACGACGCUACAGCGGCUCGAAGUCUAUGGCCAAGCUCAUCAACAAUGUUUUUGGCAAGAGGAGAAAGUCAGUAUGAUGCCCCCAGUACAGUUAGCAGCUAAUCAUGAACUGAGAUAUUUCCACUAUAUGUGGCCCAUAAGGGGAAGCAGCCUUGUGUUGGCUUAGAAAACUGUUGAGUAUGCAAACAAUGUUUAUAUCAUGAGCAAUAUGAAUGGUUGGCAGAAAGGCUCAGAUGGCCAAGGAUGCAAAAUUUACAGGCAAAGGCAUAAAUCCAUCAUUCCAUUAACAAUCCCAACAUGACAGCAUGGAGACUGAUUAGCUUGAGCAAAAUGUUCACGUAAAGCCAACUUUUGUUAAACAUUUGCACUGCAUCACUGCCUCCAUCAUCAGUACAUUGUUGGCCAUCAGUGCAUCGCCAUGAAUGGCUUCAUUUUCUGAUUGGUUCAGUUAGCUGUACCUGAGUAUUGCCCUUUCGGUUCAGUGUUUUGCAGCUUUUUGCUCAGCAUGUUUUGUAAUGUUUUAAUAUUUUACUGGCAGUAUAAGUGACAUAACAGUUAUUUUAAAUGUAUAUUUAAUGUAUAUUUUCAUAAUAAUGCCAUUCUGUGGAAGCAUAAUGUUUUAGUUACUGCAUGACUGCACUGCUACUUGUAAUAGGCAUAUUCUCUAAAUUCAUUUUCUAAUACAGAAUAUAAUUUAUUUAACAGUUCCUGCUCUAUCAAACCUGAGUUUACCUGUGGCCAUUAUCACUGAAACGUUUCAUUUACCACAGUUUAUUUAGCUAAAGCCCAAGAGGAAAGAUGCCAACUGAAGUGAAAAACAAAAUGCUUGACCUGGAUAGGGACUGCAUGGCGGUGCAGUGGUUCGCACCAUUGCUUUUCCACAGAAGGUCCUGGGUUUGAAUCCGCUGGCUGGCUGGGGUAUUUCUGUGUGGCGCUUACGUGUUCCCCCUGUGCUUGUGUGGCUUCUGUCCGGGUACUCCAGCUUCCUCCCACAGUCCAAAGACACUCAUGGGGUUUAGGUUAAUUGGUGAUUCUAAAUUGGCCUAUGAUAGCAGGGCAGUCUUUUGAAUAUCCUGCUUUUUUUUUUUUUUUUUUUUUUUUUGGGAGAUGAUAAAGCAGAAUAGGAUACUUUGUAUUUAACAAGUCGCUACUAUAUGAGUUUGUGUUUCAUGAGAGGAGCAAGUAGCCACUUGAAAAUAAUGCAUUUAUUACAAGGUAAAAUCAUUUUGACUAAUUUUACGUUGUUAUUGUUGCACAUGAUUGUACUCACCUUUGGUUGUAAACUGUAUGUAUUUUGUAUAUAUUCACUGUAAAAAAAAAAAGGAAAACACCCUAAAUAUGAACACCAUAACAUACAAAUAACACAUAGGAUUUAUUCAGCACUCUACUGUUUUUCUUCUUAUAUCCAGUUAUGUCACCAUGAUUCCACACAGAAGGAAUGUACCGCACAUCGUGAAAAAUAAGUUCACCUAUGCACUGUUUUGUAGAUGAAUGCUCUUUUUGUAAAUGCUGUAAAAACACUGGUUGCU